GCAGUGCAUCAGGUGUGUGAGACCUUCCACUUGUGGGUGAGAACCUCAACAACAACUUCGCUGCAAUUCGAUUUCUUCCCUUCAAAGCUUUUUCCUCUGCUUUACAAAAAGAUGGUCCUGCUCGAGACGUCGAAUGUUUUCAUUGAGUGAAUUGACGUUUGACUGGACCGCCUUCAUAAUAGGAACCAGUGCAUUUCAUAGACUGCUAAUUUCCCAGCAAGAGCAACUCGGCAACCUGGAAAUCAAGCGAUGCUAGUGGGUCAAGUCGCGUCUAACACUUGCGACGAAACACCAGUUUAAGCCAGUAGACAUUCACUUCUCUUGUCUACUUAUUCCAUUCUCAGGAUGCUCAGUCACUGCAAGGCGGCAGCAUGUCAUACCUUUCAGAGCUCGCGGCGUUGACCGACGAGCUUAUUGAUGCCGUUGCCGCCGUCCCAAAGACCCAAAAACGAAAACUUAAGUCUCUGAGGGAAUCAACAGUACAAAGUCUGCUCAACCAGAACUUUCUUAGGACGAACCAGUUCGAGGUGCAGAACCGCCUGACAGGGCUUGUGGAACGCUUCCGCAUCAUCAACAGAGAACCCCUUGGAGACGCCCUUGAGCAACGACUGCAUGCACUCAAGCCGCACGUCAACGACUUCACUCCUGAAGUGUUGCAAUUUCUCCUAGAGCUGUCCGACAAGCCUGCGCAAAAGUCCAGGCUGAGCGAUCUUGAGCGCCUGAAAGAGCCAGAGAAGGAUACCGUACCCAAACUGACUUGGCGACAGAUUGCCAAGGAAGACGGCUGGCAUCAAGAGCGCGCUCUGUGGAAGAUUCUCGACCAUGCUCCCAGUUCAGACGAAGAAGACUAUUAUGAGCGCGAGGGGGCGCCUUCUGAUGUUUCCAUUGCAUCUCCAAGCACAGCUUCCUCAGUUCCAGACGAUGCUCCACUCGCAGCACAGGACUUGGCCAUCAAGCUUCCAAGCGGUGAAGAGUUGCUGAGACGCAUCUUAGACAGCCAGAACUGGAGAAAUGCUACCCACGACCUUGACUCUGACGGACGACAGAAGAAGACGCCAGUAACAAGUCUUCAACUUCUCCGCGAAGUUGUGUUUAUGCUGCGCGGCCUGCCAACCUCUCUUUUUGACUCAGCAUGUAAACCUGUCCCGUGCUACAUACUGGAGGGAGUUUCGUGGCAGACUUACGAUGCUCUGGUGAACACCUUUUCCGAAUGUGGCCGAAAGCUCGCCCCGCUGCGCAUUUACGCUGGCAAAAAGGAAAAGGAAGAACCACUUCUCCAAGUGUUCCAGGACUCACUCCAAAAGGCUCUUCAGUCAUUUGACCAGGAGUUGACUGCCAUUCAAGGGCGGUUUGUUGCCAUUCACAAGGAUGUCAUUGUCAGCCUAGUGGCCAUCUUGACGGAACUAGGUCCUUCAUUAUCCCCCCUAUAUGUCCUCUCCGGUAUUGUGCAGCAAGUCCAUAGGGAACGCAACACAAAGGCAUUCCGUUACCUCGAAUUGCUUUAUGACGCAGUCGGGAUGGCACAAAUGGAAGGUAGUCUUGACGCAUACAAGCUUCUUGGGACCAUUUUUCUAGAUUGCUUCCAGGUCUACCUGAAACCAAUCCGACUCUGGAUGGAGGAAGGGGAACUCCUCGCCGGAGACCGGACCUUUUUUAUCGGCAAGUCAUCUGCAAGGCCCCAGUUGCACCAAAUAUGGGAGCAGCAGUUUCACCAACUCGUCAGCUCAGAAGGCGUCUUGAACGCCCCACGGUUCCUGAGUCCUGCUGUUGAUCGAAUAGUCCGGGCUGGGAAAAGCAUUGUGGUCUUGAAACAUCUCAAGCGAUAUUCCCCCGUAGCAGACCGGGUGAAAGCAGACGAGCCGCCCAUGGACUUUGCUGCUGUCUGUUCAGAUGGCACUAGCUUUGCACCAUUUUCGGAGCUCUUUGGCAAUGCCUUCAACAAGUGGAUUCAGAGCAAGUAUCACUCAGCAUCGAUCACGCUGCUUGAUAUCCUGUUCGACUCAUACGGGCUUUCCCGGGCAUUCGACGCUCUUCGAUGUCUCUACUUGAUGUCCGAUGGCGCCACCUCGGAUGCUUUCGCCUCGACCAUCUUCAGACAGCUGGAUAAUUUCAGCACGAGUUGGAACGACAAGUUUACACUGACCGAGAUUGCUCAGGAGGCAUUUUCACAGUGCGUGGCCGGCCAUCGCUUGUCUGCCGAUAUCGACCAACGGUACAUCGCCGACAGCCCAGCCGCUUCGCGAGCCUCUGUCCGCAACACCCUCCCAGCUAUCCGCCUCAUCUAUCACCUACCAUGGCCUAUCCAGAUGAUCAUCAGUCCUGCCGAAGUCAAGGGUUACCAAACAAUGUUUGUCUUCCUGCUGCAAACCCGCAGAGCCAUAUACCUUCUCAAGCACCCGCUCCUGGGAACCACCACCACACCAGCCCGUCACCAAUCGACUUACUACCUCCUCCGCACCAAGCUCCUUUGGUUCUGCAACACCAUAAUGAGCUACCUCACCACCCUCGUUUUCGCGCCCAACAUCAACAAAAUGGACGAAUCCCUGCAACACGCCUUGGACGUCGACGACGUCGGCGAAGUACACUCCAAGUUUCUCGACCGGAUCCUGAGCGAGUCCUGCCAGGGGAAACGACUCCGCCCCAUCCGCGACUGCAUCCUGGACGUGUACGACCUGGCUAUCAAGCUCGAGGAUAGUCACCAGGCCGAGAUGGCCAGGCUGGAGGAGGAGCAGCAGGAAAUCUCGAGGCUGUCGACUUUCUCGGCUUCACAGCAGCAGCUACAACAACAAAAACGCAAGACUAGAGCGGGGAGGACGGCUUCGUUGUAUAGCAAGACAGGUUUGGGGGUGGGACUUGAUGGGGAGGAGGAUGGCGAUGAUGAUGAAGAAGAAGAAGGCGACGGUGCUGCUGGUGCUGUGAGGGAGGAGAGGUGGAAGAGGAGUAUCAUGGAGGACGCCCGCGCAAGGGAUAGUAAUAAGUCGACGGCCGCGGUCAUGAAGGAGAUGCAUAGCGACUUUGAGCGACAUCUUAGGUUUGUCGCGAGCGGACUGAGAGGCGUGGCGAGGGGGAGCAGGGAGGAUGCGGCGGCCAAGUGGGAUUUGUUGGCCGAGAUGCUGGAGGGGGGGAUUAAAGAGGCGAGACAUGUGUUCUGAUUAAGAUAGCCGUUACUCGGGGGUUCGUUCGUGACUUGAGGUGGGAUAUCAUCAGUGAUUGUAGGGAGGUUGUUAAUGCUAUAUAGAG